CUGAGUUCUGGCAUAGCAAGUGGUAUGUCAACCAGAUGUGGACCAGGUCUGGCAGUGAUGGCACUGUUUAUAUGAUGGCAUGCCAGAUGUGGCCCGGUUAUGGAUUGGUUUAUGUGGUGUGGCCCAGUGCUGACUUUGUGCUGGCCCAUGUUUGGCCCACCUCUGGCAAACCAGAUAUGGGCCACCAAAGGGCAGUCAUUUUUUGUGGUAUAUGGGCCAAGUGUAAAUGCAUUGUGUGGGCCAGACCUGGGCCAGACCUAUUUUGCUAUCUGAUGGGAUCUACAGAAGUUUGCGUGAUCACGUGACUGGCUCCGCCCUCACAGUAUUUAACAGCUCAGGGCGCGCGCGCGGUGAGGAUUCGGUUCGAGCUCUGAACGGAACAUCCACGUGACACCGAGGUGCGUCUGCAGUAAUAAUAAUAAUAAUAAUAAUAAUAAUAAUAAUAUUUAGCAAUAAUAAUAGUAUUUAGUAAAAGUAAAAGAGCCUUCUGGGGAAGAGAGUUUAGAAUUAAUUGCAUUUUUAUUAUUUUUAAAAACCUUUUUACUAUAUUAUCAUGUUAUUAUCAUGUUUUUUUUCUGUAAUUUCCCUUUCACUGUAAUAUAUAAAUAAAAUAUUCUACUAUUAUUAGAUUAUUCUUAUUGUUAUUGUUAAUAUAAAACUAAUUAACACACCGGGUUAGGGUUAGUGUUAGGGUUAGCCCUGGUUUCCUGCAGGAUAAGUGAGCGCGCGCUGCUUCCGGUCGCUGGAGUAUGAAGACAUGAAAACGCUGCAUCUGAUGUGCGCGCGCUCCGCCACGUUACUACUAAUAAUCCUGCACGUGCUGGCGGCUGUACCGGUGCUCGCAGCAUCACGCACCAGAUUAAUUUUUCCAAGAAAGUUCUGGAACCUUGGGGCGGGAGGCGGUAUCGCCAUGGAAACCACUAUCAGGCCCCCAGCUGCGGUGAAGGACACGGUGCGAGAGCGGCGCUCGGCCUGGAGAGAUCUCGAUCAUAGAGAACCCCCGCUGAGUAAUCCUCACACACGUCUCCGUCAAACCCAUGUCAAGGACAGACGGAAAAGGGGGCGUCGCCACACUCUGUUCGGCUCGCGGGGUCACGUUCGCGGUCAGCUGAUGAGAGUGAGCUGCGUGUUAGGAACCUGCCAGGUCCAGAACCUGAGUUAUCGUCUUUACCAGCUGAUUGGCCAGAGAAAAAGAGAACAUUCCUCUCCAGUUCAUCCCAGGAGUCCUCACAGUUACGGAUGAAACUCAACAGGAUUCUUUAUUUGACUCCGCCCAAAAGCAAAUAGAGCUUUUCUAUUGGACAGUAUCUGUCACUAGCUGAGUCUGUCUACUAUUGCAGGACAGUAGGAGGAGCUCACUGGAGGUGAAGGAGAUGAUGUGAUGGUCAAAUGAUGAUUUUUUUUACAUAUUGAUUUUAUUGUUAUUCUCGAGAACUAAUAAACAGGUGACAUGGUGAGUUUGUUACAAAAUAAAAGCGAGGGUGCCAAUAUUUUAUCACACUGAAAGGCUUGCAGGUUUUUGAAGCAGCCUGAAACUAUGACGCUACCACACAAGUGGGAACAACAUUUUGUGCUGAUAAUAGAAUGCAUUCGAUAAAUCAGUGAAUAAAUAUGGAAAAAGAAAUAGAAAUAAACCUACUGUGCACACGCACAUGCGUGUACACACACACACACACACACACACACACACACACACACACAGUGAAGCAUGGAGGUGUGAGCCUCAUGGUGUAGGACUGAAAUUUCUUACUGUUGUGUUUCUCACUGGGUGAAGAACUAGAACAAACUGGUGAAAACAGUUUACUGUGGGUAAAAAAAUAAAAAUAUAUCUGAAACAUUAACGUUUAUGAUAAACUUGUGAGUUUUAUAUUUGCCGUUAAAGUGAAAGAUUAUAAAAGAGAAAUAA